AUGAACACCAUUUUCCGCCUUUUUCUGUUAUUCGUGCAACUUUAUGGCAUCUCAGAUCCCGCUACUGGGUCUAGCAGCUACACCACGGCAGGAAUGGGGCGGGCGGAGGUACCAGAGCCCGAGUGGAGUUACUCCAACCUUGCGGCAUGGCCACCGCUAUGCCACACAGGGAUGCACCAAAGCCCCAUCUCCUUCAAGAAUCUUACGCCGUCAGAGCUGCGGUGCACCAAGCCUCCGCAGCCAUUGGAAUUUUCUGAAGGAUGUACCUUCAAGGCCGAAAGCACUUCCCUAAAAAUCGACAACGGCGUUAACACGAUCCGUGUUACGUUCCUUCCACUUGGUAAAACGGCUGGUGAUCGAACCAACGUUUGUACUCUCCGCGAUCCGUCCGGUGCUACUGGUGCCCAGAAGUAUCAGCUUACUGCCAUGCACUUUCACGCGCCACCAGAACAUCUUUUCCCCCACGCGGCGCCCGAUGCGGAGCUACACAUUGUCUUCAAAGCAGAGGAUGAACACAGUGUGGAACCCGCUGUUGUCGUCGCAGUGCAACUCGCUGCAUCCGACGCAGCAAACACAUCUGCGACGCGGGCACUUAACCACAUUAUGAUCGACGGCCCGUUACCGCCGCGGCAGGCUUCCACCACAUGCACCCUUGAAAGAAAUUUGACUGUUGCCGAGAUGUUGCCGCAGCGUCAGAGUUACGUAACAUACAGUGGCUCCCUAACAACUCCACCAUGCACGGAAGGGGUUCGCUUUGUAAUAAUGACAACCCCGCAGCUCAUAUCGAAGGCGGCUUUCAACAAGUUGUCGCAGGUACUCCGCCAGACGUGGCCAGAGAAUCGGCUGGGGAACCGGCGGCCGACUCAACCUCUGAACGGGCGGGAAGUUUGUCGGUACGUGGAUGGCAGGCAUCCGAAGACAAGCAAUGGGCAAGGUGUAUGGGGAGACUACCUUGACACCAUUCCUGCCACUGGUGAUUCAGUGAGUGAAGGUGGUAAUCCAUCUGGAAGUGAGGAGGGGGUAAAAGGCAACCUGAGUGGAGCUGAUGUUGGUGCAAAUCAAACGGAAGAAGAGAAAGAUGGAAAGCAGCUGUGGCCUUACGUGCUUAAACCCCAUGAAGCCAUCCUUUUCACGGCUGCUGCAGUUAUUCUCGUUGUUGCGGCACUCAUUUUGUACUGGUGGUCAAACAAUGCAAACGAAAAAGUUGAUGCCAACGAGGCGGAAUGGUUGGGCACCGCAGCUGAGGUGUACGGGACAUCCUCCCUCUAA